AAACAAACAAACAAACAGUUUUAUUAAAAUAAAGCAAGUGCCGGUGAAGAGACGCAAGUUCGGGGCAUUUCAUUGGAGCAGAAAUGCACUCCUGCCUUGCCUUUGUUCCAGUAGCCAUAGACGCCAUAACCAGGCCACGUUCCUUCCUUCCUCUGCCAGGUAGGCCGCCUUCCAAGAUCGUCUUCUACCUCCAGACUCGGUCUUCUUCUUCUCAUUCCCAAAUCAAUUUCAGACACUUCCACCCUCUCUCUUCUCGCUGGCUCACUCAGAUUCCCACUCACCACAACAAUCUCCGAGCGUCGGGCUCGCGCCGCCAACUGACGUCAGCUCCCGCCACUAUGCUUCCAGAAAACCCUGUGGUUGCUGAAAUUUGCGCCGCCUUAAUUGCAGGCGGCGUUGCUCUUUUCUUCCUGCUGUUGUGGGAAGAAACCGCCAAGCGUGGGAUCUUCGACCAGAAUCUCAAUAGAAAGCUUGUGCACGUGAGCAUUGGCCUAGUUUUCAUGCUUUGCUGGCCACUGUUCAGUUCUGGCCUUCAAGGAGCAUUUUUAGCAUCUCUUACUCCAGGCCUCAAUAUCUUCCGAAUGCUUCUAUUGGGACUUGGAAUAUGGAAAGAUGAAGCCACAGUGAAAUCAAUGAGCAGAUACGGAGACUACAGGGAACUUCUCAAGGGACCACUGUACUAUGCCACGACAAUAACUUUGGCUUGUCUAAUCUAUUGGAGAACUUCUCCUAUUGCAAUUGCUCUUAUAUGCAAUUUGUGCGCUGGAGAUGGUUUAGCUGACAUUGUUGGUAGGCGGUUUGGUACUCAGAAAAUUCCAUACAACAGAAACAAAUCUAUAGCUGGUAGUGUUGCAAUGGCAUCUGCUGGUUUUUUAACAUCUAUCGGGUACAUGCACUAUUUCUCCAGCUUCGGGUUUGUUCAGGAAAGUUGGGGCAUGGUUUUGGGUUUCUUGGUUGUGUCUCUUGCCUCGGCACUGGUAGAAUCCCUCCCCAUAAGCACUGAGCUUGACGACAACCUAACAGUUUCACUUACUUCUGUGUUAGUUGGCAGUUUGGUUUUCUGAUAUGGGGAACCCUUGUAAAUAGCAGCCAAAUUAGGCAAAUCGAUGAAGGCAAGUUCGGGGAACAACCAUUGGCCAACUUGAUUGUGUGUUGUAUUGUACGUGUACUCUAGCAUUGUUUAUUAGCUUGACUAUAUGUAACAAUAAUACCGUAUCAAUAAACAAUGAAACCGCGAUUCUCUUU